AUGACUCUUCAGUCGGUCGCUGUUCAUUUCACCAAUCCCCACAGCAGAGAGCUGGCGGCGUUAGUUCCCUUUCUUGUCUUGCACAUUGACGCAGAGACACAGAGAGGCCUCGGCUUCGGUCGUUCUUUGCGACGUGCCUCAGGUCCUGGAGUUACAGCUUUGCGCACGCGGCACCGUCAUGCCAUCGUAUGAGCAACCUUGCCUUGUUCUUCAAACUUCUCAGGCCGUGGCAUAAUUCUUUAUACAAUUACAAUUGCCGUAUCGUUCAAAACUACAUUAUUUCAAUGCAAGUAGCACAAGUUGUGCAGGCGCCAGACCCAUUCAACGCGCCAACCAAUGUUGCAUGGC